UUGUACGUUUUACAUUCUGAUCCGAGGAUCAGCUGGAGGCAGCAAUAAACAGGAGGAAAAAAUCUGCAGCGGAGAAAAAAUAGUGAGGAGGAUAAAAUAAAAGCUGCAGAUGUUAUGAUCUGAAAAACAUCCGUGUAACAUUUUUUACACGAAGCCCUUCUUCUGAGAAGAAAGCCUUUUAUUUUUGUAUGAUGGUGUUUUAACUACCUCACUUAAAGACUAUCUAAAGCUAUGCUUUAAAAAUUGUUGUCGUUUCUACUGUGUGUGAGAUCUCGUUUACAACUUGAAUAACAUUGCAAAGGCAGGUUGGAGCCUCUCUGUCAGCAUCAGUGACGUAGGCGCGACGUCACAGGCGUCUUGUUUUUAUUUCGCCUUUGUUCCAAACCAAGUGAAACCUUACAUUUGCACUACAGAAACCUGUCCACUCCUGUUUGUCAAAACCGAAAUCCAGCAAAGGGCUUCAAUUGAACAAAAAAAAAAAAAAGAGAAAAUCAGACAAACAAUUGCAUAAAACAGCAACAAGUGAUACGUAAAUACAAAAAAUAAAUUCAAAAAGGCAGCUACAGCUUUUUCUUUGUGGACAACAAAAAGGCACCUGAGUCAUCAAUACUUGACGAAACGAGCAGUCAUGUUUCAACGCCUGAGCAACCUGUUGUUCGGGGAGGUAGAGGAGGUGGCGGCUGAGCUGAAGGGACCCAAACCCUGCGUGACGGAGGCCGACGAGGAGGGAUGGAUGCUCGUCAACCUGCCUGAAGUAUCUGACUGCAUGAUGCAGGCGGAGGAUGAGACGGGAGCCCCAACGAUUGCACAACCAUUUCCAGACAGUAACCAAUCGAAUCACCAAGACACACAUACAAGGACUGAAAGCCCGGCCCCUGUUCCCCGCGCGCCUCACAAGCGCCGUAGGACACAUAAAGGGUGGGCACGUGGUGCUGUAGCAUCAUCAGACCCCCUGUAUUGUCCGACCGCUAGCCCGUCAGACUUGGGUGCCACUACACCCGUGACCCUGCCUAGACGGGCCAGAUUGUCCACGCCCUCCUCCACCCCGUCAAUGUCCCCGGGCUCUGGAAGUGAGUGUGGGGGCAGUGGGGGUAGCAGUAGGGCAGCCCCAGAGAGAGGCUGCAUGGAUGAGAGCUGGUUUGUCACCCCUCCCCCCUGUUUCACUGCAGAGGGAGCCACAGCGGAGGCCAGUCCGAUGGAGGACCUGCUCAUCGAGCACCCCAGCAUGUCCGUGUACGUCUCCUCCAACAACCUGUCCAUGGUCUCCAACAGCAACCUGUCUGUGGUGGGAGAGGAAAGCAUUGUCAGCCUGGCGAGCAGCGUGAGCAGAGUGGCUGAACCAGCCGCCGCCCCCGCUACCCGCAGCACUAUGCCCACCCGGGUGAGCCGUGGAGCAGCUGCCCAGGCUGGAGCUCUGGCCAAGGUCACUCAAGUGGCCAGGGUCCAGCGUAGCAAAGCCCGCAUCGAGCGGCGCCAUCUGGGCCGCAACCGCCUCCAACGCCAGAACCUCACCAGGGAGCAGGUCCCCCGCCACGCAGCUCACACCAGAAACACCUUCCUUCACCAGCCCAGCAAGCGUAACGUCUGCCACUAAGCUCCCCAGCAACCAGGGGGCAUCGUUUACUCUGAGGGCAUUAGUAGUGCAUAGUCAACUCCAAGACACACAUGGUUAAAUGUAUACUUGCUUUCAUUUGUGCACAUUAUAUCAGAACACACUCUGGUACACAUACUGGUAGACCAGAGGCUUUUUGUUUGUUUGUUUAGUCACACCUGGUAGUUUUAUGCCCCAUUCUGCUGAUAUGAACCAAGCCCUCUGAGUAGAUCUGUGUAGACCUUUAUUAUUACCUAUCGUCCGUUGCAGUAUCCAAACAAACAAAAAAAAAUAUUUAUACAGGUCAUACUUAGAACCAAUAUUGUCUGAAAAACAACAAAAAGCUGAGCUCUACUGAUUUUUUUCUCCUAUCAUAGUUAAAUAAGCUUUUAUCUUUCACUCUUCCUCAAGAAAGCCUCAAGUUUUCAUUUAUUUUUAUUUUUAAUUCAACAAUUAAUAAUGAUUUGAAAGUGUACUUUGAGACAUGUCUGAUGGAAACAAAGCAAGACAGAGUCAACUUAAGCCUCAGUAUCUUUGCAGCAAAAACAACUCAUCAUGUCUUCGAAGCUUUAUGUUGUAGGCAAUUUUUUUUUUUUUAUCUCGAAAUGGUGGAAGGCUAUACCGUGUGUGUGGUGAGUGUGAGAGGAAAAUCACUGGACAUUUGUUUCUCCCAAGUCUGGUCAUUCAACAUGCAAAGCACCAACAAGGGCGAAGGACGAUGAGCAACCUGUUUCAUCACAGGAAGCUCAUGUUGUGAUAUUCCUCUCCACUCACUUUGUGGAGGGUGGGGGCAAGUAGAAGAUGGUGAGCGUAUGAGCAAAACAGACUAAAGAGUAAAAAUAAAACAGUAAUGAUGAAAUAGAUCUAGAUGUGUUCAACAUGGAAAUGGUCAAAGGAAAAGUUUUAUGUAACCCUCUGAGUGGCGGCUCUGGAUAAUGAAUGAAGCACCUUGGAUUGGUGUUGCAGGAACCCAUAAUGAAUACAUAAUUGCAAUACUGAUAAUGGAGUUGAGUUGAAAUUAUCAGAGCUUGCCUUUGGGUUACAGGGUAUGAAAAGUUAUAGUAGGUGAGGAGCGGUAUUGAUGGCAACUCUUUAUUUUGUUUUGUCAGAUUUGUUUUUCUGCUCAUCAUGUAGAACAUUAUUUUACAGUCUCUGUCUCUACAUGGUUCCACCAAAGUAAGUAGAGAAAGCCUGUUUCUGUCAGACAUGGGGAAAAGUACACACUUGGCUUUUAAACAUAAGAAAUACAUUAAAAAAAAUUGCUCCCUGUGGAUCAUACAUUGCAUAAUGAUCAUUAAAUGUGCAGUCUGUAAACUAAGGUAAUGUGCCCGGCACACAUCAGCCAUUUCCAUCCACGGUGUGUGCUGUGAUCCUCCCUUAUCCCCAUGAACACCAAAAAGAAAAUCUAUCAACACAUCAGUACCCUUCGUCGACACUGACUGCAGCAACUUUAAGGCGGAAAGGGAAGAAAUGUCUCCCUAAAUCCUAUCAACACCCAUCGUCUCCCGUCCAGGACUAUCAUCCUGCUUGAGGAUGUGCGACACAUUUCUCUCUAACAUCUCCGUUACCGUCGGCCCCUUUCUAAUUAGCACAUCCAGCACUAACAGUGUCCACUUAAUGAUCUAGCUUACUGAUAUGUAUUCAACAACAAUAGUAAACAAUGGUGCUGAAGUAUAUACUAAUGUUUGUAAAUUAUUUGAGACAUGGAUGUAAGUUUGCACUGUCAUACAUUUUUGUGAGUCAAAGUUUUAGUGUGCUGUGUGCUUGUUGUUUUUUUUUCUUUCCUUUUUCGUUUUGAUUUUAAAUUGUGUGUGAGAAGGUGUACUGACACGUUAAAUGAUAGAAACUCUUUAAAAAGAACAUGAAUAAUGGUCAUUUAUUUGUCCUUGUAAAUAUUACAAAAACAAUUUAUAACGCUCCGAUAGAUGUCAAAGCCUCUCAGGACUUGAGUCCACAACGUUGCGUCCGAUGGGACUAAUGAGAAUCCUCUCUCUGCCUCACCUCUGUGCUCAUUAUCAAAUCAAGAGGGCAUUUCAGUGGCCAAAAGUGGUGUCUUUGCCCCAACGUCAGUCUCAUCUCUUUGAGAUUAAAACAGCACUUGACUCAGACUUGAUGUGCCAUGGGCAAACACUGCCCUCCAGAGGGUCCACUUAGCACAGCACUCUGCUGUUUGGAUGCUGGCGAGGACGCAGUGCAUUGACAUGGGCUUUAAAAACGAUCUGUGCUGGUGUGUGAAUGGACAGAUUGAGAGUCCGCGGAUUCACUUCUGAUUGUCUGAUAAAAAUUGAAAUGUCUUCGUCACUUUUACAUCAUCUAGACAAGAGAGAUACAUUAUUUUCUCUUGAAUCAUAAACCACAUAUUUUUUAUUUCUUCCAAUAAUCCUAUACAUGAUUCUGUUUAAUUCAAAAAUCUGUUAAUUUAUGAUACUAUUAUGAACAUGAUCUUUGUUUCUGUUUAAAGAUGAUUAUUAUGUGUCCUGUUGAUUCCACUGAAUGGUGCAGGGGGUGGAUCUGAGGUGAUUUGUCUAACACUUAUACACUUUUUAUUAUUACAACAGAUUGUUUCUCCAGGUUUGAAUUUAUUUGCCUGUUGUAAAAUGGUACGCAGAGAUUGAAAACAGGGUAACAACAAUGAUAGAUCACAGGUGGAAGUCGUGUGUGUAAAAUGUUAAGGUCACCACAGAUACCCAUCUGCUGCUGCAAACCUGUCCUGUUGUCCUUACUUUUAUUUCCUCCUCUCUCUCAACAGUGUCAUGUAAACAGGAAAUGUGUCCUCAGUAUGUUGUGUGUGAUUAUUUAAAGGUGUGGUUUAUGAUUGAAAGUCAUCCAGCUGUGGGGAGAGGGAGUGGUCACCAGGUGUGUUGAGCUUAUGCGGUGUGUGGACAGGGAAAGGAUGAGGCAGGAGACAGAUAGUUAAUAUAUGAUGAAAAAAAAAAAGAAAUUAAAUGUAUCAUAAAAAAAAGUACAAUAUGCUUGUAUUUUCCCACAUAGUUAUUAGUUCACCAAUAGGAUGUUUUUAAUGAAAGGCAUUGAAUGUCUGGGGAGUUUCAUAUGUUUUAUGUUGUGCCCUGAAAUGAUGGCAGCUUAAAAACACUUGGGGUUUUCGCCCACGUUACAUCUCAAUUAGUACACCCCUCCCCCCCAUAAAAAUGAAAUAUAUAGACAUAUAAAAUUUGGUGUAUCUGAUAUCUACAGUAUGGUGAUUGUGCCUUUCACUAUUUCUGCAUGGUUUUUGUGAUGUACUGAUUUUUCCAUCCCCAAAGUGGACAGUUGUCCACUGACAGGCAAGACCUAUGCAAAAAUCAAAGGAUGGGUUUUCCAGCAUCCAUUCAGAAAACACAGGUACCCGCCCAAAAAAAACAACAAACAACAACAACAAUAAAUGCUCAGGUUAACACCUGAA